AUGGAGGAAAUUAAGGUUGUUGUCGCUGAGCGACUGCGUCUGUAUCGCCUGCAGGUGGCGAUGCGUUGCGGCGUCUCCUCCGAUCAGGUGAAGAACGUCAUCAUCUGGGGGAACCACUCCUCCACUCAGUACCCCGACGUCCACCACGCCAAGGUCACCGUGCACGGCGCCGAGAAGGCCGCCUACGACGCCGUGAAGGACGACGCCUGGCUGAGAGGAGACUUCAUCUCUACGGUGCAGCAGCGCGGCGCCGCCGUCAUCAAAGCCAGGAAGCUGUCCAGCGCCAUGUCUGCCGCCAAGGCCAUCUGCGACCACAUGAGGGACAUCUGGUUCGGCACCAAGGAGGUCAGUGAGGGCUGA